AUGAAAAUCACCUUGUGGCGUUUUGCCCACGACUGCCUGCCGUGUGGCCAUCCGUUGCAGAAGAGGCAUAUCCCAGCUUCUCCACUCUGUAUCUUCUGCAACCAAUAUGAAUCGAUUGAGCAUGCUCUGCUCUUCUGCCAUUUUGCUAGAGAGGUUUGGCAACAGGUGAAGGGAGAGUACGAGGUUCAUCUGCAGCGCCAGCUCUUUACUUCUCCGAGGACCUGGACGUUGGAGUUCCUGGACCGAUGCUCCAAGAUAGAAGCCACAGUGGUCGUGGUCACCAUGUGGCAUCUGUGGGAUGCAAGAAACAAAACCCGAGAGGGAGAAGGGCCGGUGCAUCCCGAUUCAGUCGCUUCGAGAGUGAAAGCCUACGUGGAGAUGAUACUCCAACAUCUCUACAAGCCGGCUACCUUACACAAGUGCGAGUCCUCUUCACCCAGUCUCAAAUGGACUCCACCGCCGGAAGGGACGGUUAUGAUCAAUGUCGACGCGGCUCUCUUUGCAUCUUCCAGGCAUAUGGGGAUUGGCAUUGUGAUCCGAGACCACAUGGGAACCUGCCUUGCUGCUUGCAAGGAAAGCCUGAAGGAGGUCACCUUACCUGAACUCGCGGAAGCACUUGCUCUUCGUCGAGCGAUCCUUUUUGCCAGCGAAGAAGGCUUCUCUAGUAUCAUCAUCGGGUCUGACUGCCUCUCAGUGAUCCAGCGUGUGCUGGCUACAUUUGUUGAUAGAUCGCUGAUGGGUCCGGUGAUUGAGGACAUCAAACGAACACAGCUCACGCUUGUAAAGUAG